CGGUCGCCAUGACGCCCGGACUGUUCUACGCCGUCGUCUCCGGGAUGCUGGCCGCGAUGGCGUCCGCGAGCGGCAAGAUGGCCGCCGCGUCGUCAGACGCGCGAUGGCUGUGCGGGGCCGUCGUCACGCCCGCCGCGCUCGACUGCGACAGCAUUCUUCUGUAUGUGCGUGGAUCGUGCUUCUUGCUGGUGUUUCUCUUGAAUGCAGUCAUGUGGACAGUCUUUACUAAGGCUUUAAGACUGUCACCGACAACGCUCUCAGCCACGAUCACAAACUUGGCGUCGAACCUAUUUUUCACGGCGCUGACGGGUCGGCUUCUAUUCGGCGAGACGCUGGGAGCGACGUGGUUCGUCGGCGCCGGCCUCAUCGUCACCGGCGUCGCUCUCAUCCACAACGCCGCCGCGGACGCCGAGCGAGAAGCGCAGAGGAAGACCAGCUAAGAUACAGGGGGAAGGCGCGUCGUCAGAGAGGAACCCCUCUUAAGAUACAGGGGGUGCCAACAGGGACAAGAAGAAAGCCGCGGACGCCGAGCGGGAAGUACAGAGGAAGACCAGCUAAGAUACAGGGGGAAGGCGCGUCGUCAGAGAGGAACCCGUCUUAAGAUACAGGGGGCGCCAACAGGGACAAGAUCAUUGGAGAUCGUCCGUCUCAACAUUAGUCUUGACAUUGACUGUUUUUCUCGUAGACCGGAACCUUUUUUACCUUGCUUGUGAGAAACCCUUUCGAAUUUGUUGGGGAAACAUUACGAUGUUUUUGUCAACGGUCUACGUUGGUCUGGCAUGGGUAAGUGCCCCCCCCCUUGCCCCACCCUGUGUUUAAGGUACAGCACUGAAGAUGCACGCUGGAACGUUGUGUUACGUCCAAGGUUGGUUGCACUCCACACUAUGGAACGUUGUGCCAUGCUGUGGAAUGAUGUGCCAUCCCAUGGAAUGAUGUGCCAUCCCGUGGAAUGAUGUGCCAUCCCGUGGAAUGAUGUGCCAUGAUGCCGUGGAAUGAUGUACCAUCCCGUGGAAUGAUGUGCCAUCCCGUGGAAUGAUGUGCCAUGAUGCCGUGGAAUGAUGUGCCAUCCCGUGGAAUGAUGUGCCAUGAUGCCGUGGAAUGAUGUGCCACCUCGUGGAAUGAUGUGCCAUCCCGUGGAAUGGAGGGGGUGAUGCCAAAAUGACUGUCUAUAAAAUUUUCAUAUUAACCACAUGAAACUGUGUAGAUAUAAAUAUAUAUACAUUACGGCGGCGCGUAUAUAUGAUAUUUUAAUUUUGCUAGUUGUUGAUGUAACUACUAUGCCAUUACAUUCAGUGAUAUACGGGAAUUUGGAUUUACGAGUAACAUUAGUACAAAAAAACAUUACUAAGGAUUCUGUAUGGUCUGGUACGGGAGGAGGUCCAUGGGGGUGACACGAUAAGUUACCGCACAGUGUGACACCAACCCUAGUGACGCCACUAAUACCAGAGCCAAUGUAAUUGUAUUUCCUGUUUGCACUUUGACAUAAAUAAAUGUAUUUUGGUCGGAAACAGAAUUAAAGCACUACUCUCGCACGCACACGACACGUCAAUUACAUGUAUUUGCAGUUGAAUUACAUGCAAUAAAGAUAUAUAAUA